AGCAUCAUCCAUAACGAUCAGACAAACCUAGACGUUUGGGAAGCGUGAUAACGAAGGGGCUGGAUCAGUUUUGUGUUUAUAGUAGCUUAGAUAAGAUAUUUUGUUACGACGCAAAUUCAGAUUGACAGAUGACAUGCCUCUGCUUUAAUAGAAUCCUAACUAUUGUAUUGUACACGAAUGAAAUUCAGUGAUAUGAUAAUGAUGACCUGAACUACUAAAGUAGAAGUGCAAGUUUAAGCAGUGGGCCAGUAGGCUAUACCAUUACAGCAUUCGACUGGAACGAGUAGAACGUAAAGCAAAAAUCAAUAAUCGUUUGUCUUUGGAAGAAAACGUGGAAUCGAGGAAUUGAAAGAAAAGUGUGAUAGCUACCAAAUGUCUCUUCGUUUUUCUCCGUGGGGGCGAUCCUCUUCGAUCGAGUGUUUACCCAGAAACUAUAGACUCGAAAAGCAGUUGAAGAUACCAAAAUCCGAGAAAACAAAUGAAAUAACCUGCAAGUCAGUUGUAGAAAUGGGUGACUCAGACAGGGAAGGUAAUGAUUGCUUUUUGUCAAAAACGUUUGAAACACAGAAUAAUACUAUUGAAAUGAAUAGAGGUGCAGAUUUUGAAGAUGUAACCAAAAUGUUUCGCAGGUCGUUCGAAAUAAAUAAACUUUACCUUCAGAGAUGUAGUGUUGACAGUGGUCAUGCUAGUUUCGACAGUGAGAUGUCUCCCGAUUCUCUGAGAAGUAGUAGCUAUCCACUGGAUGAAAAGGGAACUUCAGAAUCCAUAGGACAAUGUAUUCAAGUUUAUUCUUCUCCCAGUUGUGUUUCUUCAGCUGUUACUGCUCGUACCCACAGGUCUUGUAGUACAGACUCGGCCAUCGAGCACGGCAAUGAAGAUGUUACAUGUUUAUCACUACCGUUUGAGACCCGUAGUAACACUUUUUGUGUGAUGACGUCAGACAGUGAUGAGAAGAACCGAGAAGAGGUACACAGAAAACGAUCCCUAACAAUAAUGCAGUCAGUUUCAUGUCCAAUGCUUACAAUGCCUUCGGUGGUAAUAAGUGACCAUAGCAGUUUCACUGAUCAGGAUCUUCAAAUAGUGGACGACUACAUGAAACCUUCUCAGGAUUGUCUUCAGGUCACGUUGGACGAUAUAGCUGGGUGUAUCCCCAAGAAUCGUCGUUUGUCCAAUUCCAGUUCGUGUUCGUUUAUGUCCAGUCUUUCUUCCGUGUCGUGGGAUGAUGAUGCUUGUCAAAGUGACGUCAGCGAGACUUCGGUAGCAAGUAGUUCCAAGCUGUCAGGGUGGAAGAAAGUCAGAAAUAUCGUACAUUUGUGCCCAUUUCUUCAAACAUACAGAAAGCAAAAAUAUCCUUGGGUUCAACUAGCUGGUCAUCAAGGUAAUUUCAAGGUUGGAGACCAAGGAUCAAUUUUAAAGAAACUGUGUGGAAAAGAGGAGGCUUGUUUGAAGAAACUGAUGAAUGAUAGUCUUAAGCCUUUUGUACCAGAAUUUAAGGGAAGAGUAGUGACUGAUGAAGGAGAAAUUUUUUUGGAGCUGCAAGAUCUCCUGGCUGGAUUUGAAAAAGCUUGUGUUAUGGAUGUUAAAAUUGGACUUCGCACAUAUUUAGAGGACGAACUUGCAAAGGCAAAAGCAGAGCCCAAAUUAAGGAAGGAUAUGUAUGAAAAGAUGGUACACAUUGAUCCGACAGAACCAUCAGAAGAAGAGCAAAGACUGAAGGCAAUCACAAAACCUCGUUACAUGGUCUGGCGAGAAACGAUCAGUUCAACAACAACACUUGGUUUCAGAGUGGAGGGCAUUAAGAAAGCUGAUGGGUCUUCUACUAAGGAUUUCAAGAAAACCAAAACUAAAGAGCAAGUUUUAGCAGUAUUAAAGACAUUUACAGAUGGCUAUCCUGAUGUUGUGAAAAAGUACAUGAGUCGCCUGAAGGACCUAUACAGUGUUCUGGAAAAAUCAAAGUUCUUUGCAAGUCACGAGCUUAUUGGAAGUUCUCUGUUGUUUGUUCAUGACGCCAAGAAUGCUGGCAUCUGGUUGAUUGAUUUUGCCAAAACACGCCCAUUACCACCAGAAGUACAUAUCUCGCAUCAUGAUCCUUGGCAGAUGGGCAACCACGAGGAUGGGUUUCUUUUAGGACUCAAAAAUCUUGUACAUCUUUUUCAGGUGCUGCAAGAGAACAAGUGAAUUAAACUAGUAAAACUGAAUCUAUAAAUUUCUGUCUCAGGGAGGGGGAAUGUGAUGUUGGUUAAAAUCGACUUUACCUCAUUUGGGCUACUGAACAGUGUUAUAUUGACACAUGCAAGCUACUUUCCCAGUUAAAUCUUGGUAAUCCCAUGUGAUAGACUGCAUUCUUAAAGGAAGUAAGGACUUUAUUACAAAUAACCUCAUGUAUUGAUAUAUAAAAAAUGAGAAAUAUUAAAAUAACUAUUUGUACAUGUAAACUAGUUUUGGUUAGUAAAAACUAAGUCACAUAAGGAUCUACCAAGGCUUUUAGAAAUUAUAGUUUAGAUUAAUUUUUUAAAACUUUCUAAAGUGUUGGUGCAAAUUUUUUAAGGAACUUAAUUUUUUUUAAUCACCAACAAAUCAUAGCUUUUGGUUAUUCCAUGAAAUUUAUAAAUAUUCUAAUUCCAUAAAAGAUUCCAGUUUCGUAUGUAAUGAAAAUCAUCAAUUAUAAAGUUAUUUUAUGAUGUUUUCUUGCAAUAUGGUAAUUUUAUGUAUAUAUUGAAGAAAAAAAAUCAUAUGAUUUAACAGGGAAAAAAAAAAAGAUUCAAAAUGCUGUUUUAUUUUGAAUAUUGAUUAUGAUUAUUAUUUUUGUCCUAUAGUACUACACUAUGAAUGUAUGUGAAAGGUAUUUCAGGAUACCAUCCUGUUUUUAGUGAUUGAUGUGUGUUCAUUGUGAAGAAAUUGUCUCAGAACAGACAAUUAGGCAUGUUUGGUUGAGAUUAGUAGAUGGGACAAAGAUAAAGUUGACAUUCUUCUUCAAUACGUAACUAGAAAGAAAGUGUUCUUCUGCUUAAACAUUUUAAUUUGUUUUGUAUAACUUCAGUAAAAAUUAACUUUUAUGACUUGCUUAUAAUUAUUACUUUAAGUAAUUUGAAGUAAGUGAUAAGUGCCAACAAUAUAUCUAUAUUCAUUUAUAAUGUGAACUUGUACAGUGACAAUUACUUUUUAUCAAGUAUUAUUCCAUUUAUAGAACAGUGCUAUUUUUGUUAAGUCAUUUAUAUAACGUUUUUAAACUUUUGUGUAACAUAAUAAAAUACAUUGAUUUAUAUUUCCACUCUUUGUAAACUUUGAAUACAUAUAUAACUGUGUAAUAACUGUUGUUCAAGUGUAUGAAAUAAUCAUAAAUAAAAUGCUGACAAUGUGGAAACUUUUUUUCCCAUGGAAA